AUGAGGGUGGCCCAGGAGCAGGGCAAGGUGCACCAGGAGAUGCAGGUCCUGGAGAAGGAGGUGGAGAAGAGAGACAGCGACAUCCAGCAGCUCCAGAAACAGCUGAAGGAGGCAGAACAUAUACUGGUGAGUACAGCGGAGCUGAGGAAAAAUGAGAAAUCCUAAAGAGACUAUAAAAUGGGUCACCUUUUAAUAGGCAAUUGGAACAAAACAGCACUUUGUUUCUGACUUUGAUUCAACCUAACCUUUUUACCCAAACCUCUCUUCUAGGCGACUGCUGUAUACCAAGCAAAGGAGAAGCUGAAAUCUAUUAAUAAGGCCAAAAAAGGUGAGCCUGAUUUUCACAGCAUUUGUCUGAGUAGCCGGAGAACUUUAUGAUAAAUACAACCAGAGAUAAUACAUGAAACUAAAAGUACUGUUGUCUUUCAGGGAGUAUCUCCUCAGAAGAGAUCAUCAAAUAUGCCCACAGGAUCAGUGCCAGCAAUGCAGUCUGUGCCCCUCUCAACUGGGUACCAGGUAUGUCAUGUUUCUGCCCAUUUGAGCUUCUGUUAUACUGUCUUCAAUGCCCUCUAUUACCCUAUUUUUCAAUCCCCAUCAAAGCUGUGACUGGCAUUCACAAUACUACUGUAAUUACUCUUCAAUCAACUUGAUGGCAUAUUCCUUAUAACAGGUGAUCCACGUAGACCUUACCCCACUGACCUGGAGAUGCGCAGUGGAAUGUUGGGUCACAUGAGCAACCUGCCAACCAAUGGCGUGAAUGGACACCUCCCUGGAGAUGCACUGGCAGCUGGGAGAUUGCCAGGUAUGCUUUCGGUUUGUGUGGUUCCUCCUUUCGACAAAUGGAAUCAACUGUUUUUGUCUUCUCCUAUGAUCUGUGUGUUUGAUAUGUUUCUGUGAAGUAUACUGUAAUACUAACCCUAUCACUGUUUAAUUACUCUUUCUUCCCUCCCCUCAUCAGAUGUGCUCACCCCCCAGUACCCCUGGCAAUCGUCAGAUGUCUCA